AAGUGUGUUUCUGACGUGACGGUGUUCUAGCAAGCAGGCUUAGUAGUUUUAAUCUGUUUCCAACUCAUUGGACGGAUCUCUACCCCGAACGCCGCGUUGGACUGUUUUUGAUCAGAAGGGUGAUGCGAUAAUUUCAGUCGUCUUUACUGAAACGAUGGAAACUCAGGUACAAGUGAACAUGGCACAGGGUGAAGUCCAGGAGAAGAGCACCAAAGAUCCCACGGAGGAGAUCACGGAGGAGCAAUUCCUGAAAAAUCUCUACAUUUUUAUGAAGAAGCGAGACACGCCGAUAGAGAGAAUCCCAAAUCUUGGAUUCAAACAAAUUGAUUUAUUUGUGAUGUUCAGGACAGUGAACGAGCUGGGCGGCUACCAUCAGGUGACGUCUCAUCAGCUCUGGAAGCGAGUUUACAACUCGCUGGGAGGGAACCCUCGCAGCACAAGUGCAGCCACCUGCACUCGCAGACAUUACGAAAAGCUCCUUUUGCCUUACGAAUGUCACCUGAAAGGCAUUUUAAUGAGCAGCUCUCCUCAGCUCCAGCCAAAGCCCUACCGCUACACCAAAGACGACGAGGGCGGUCAGAGACCAUCCAAGCGCAGGCUGCUGUCAUUGCCAACGGGAUCUCACAGCUACCAGUCAGACCCACAUGGGACCAUCUUCCCUCUUCAUCUCCCAUUCCAUCACUACUACAACCUAACCCACGCAAUUCUGCCUGCUUAUGUACCUAUCCCGUCCUCGGUGUUAACCCCACACGUCCCCUCUCUCCCUAAGCCCGAGUCCAAACGGAUGUUUUUCCAAACAUCUCAGCUAAACUCAAUCAACGCGGUGAAAGAGCCGCUGGAGCAACUCCGCUUCCUGGCUGAGCAGUACAAGACCUCAGAGGGAUUGAUGGAGCCGCUGAAUUUGAGCAAAAAGGAAUCGCCCAGAGAAGCUAAGAUCACCCCGGUCUCAUCGUUCUCCCCGCCUUCAUCCAGCAAGAAUCCAAAGUUUUUAAAUAAACCCUCUUCACUCUACAGCCCUCAUCAAGCAGGUGUGCUGAGAAGGGAAGCGAGUGAGACUCAAGAUGGUGAGUCCAAUGAAGGAGCCUUGGUUUUUUCAGAACCGUUAAAAGAAAAGAUGGACAGUGUCGAUGUCAAAGCCCUGACACCUUCACGCAGUCCUGUAAAUGACUCUGAUCUGAUAAUAGAUGAAGAUGUCUUUGAGGUUAUGUCCACUUCUCCAAAAACAAAUGUUUUAGUCGGACCAGCGGAGGAGAGAGAAGUCCGUCUGAGUCGUGAAACUUCAAAAGAAGAGAAAGACAACAUGGAAAUUGAGGUCCCUCUCUCUGUGUUCCGCAACUGGCUGAAGUUGUGGGGGUCUUCGGCAAAGUUGCCGGAAGUUAACGGGCCUUUUGUUCCUGAUCCAGAGCUGUCCUCUGGACAAAAGAGCUGGUCUGGCGUGGACAGUUUCCCCUCCGACCUGACGUCCUGGAUGAACCCUCACAACCAGGACUCAGCUGGGGACCUGAGGCUGAAGAAAGAGCCAAGUCCAAGUCCGAAGCCAAACACCCAGACAACCAGUCACCAGAAUAGUAGCAGCCAAAGCCUUUUCACCGACUACAAAUUCUCCCCUUCAGGUGUCGCUCCAAAAAUCCCAGCAGGCCGGGAAAUCUGGCCUCUCAAACAGCAGGAUCAGGAUCCGUACAGCGGCAAAUACACAAAAUCAUGGAAGACUCAAAAUAAAGACACCCAGGCCCCCUCCAAACCCGUCGCUACAGAUUCUAGUUUCAUCAGACCUCCACAAGUCAUUGCUCCUAGGUUCGUUAAAGGCGACACAGUCUGGGGAGGUCAGCAGAGGUUAGAGAUGGAACCUGCCGCCGUGGUCAUGGUGGACUCCAUCCCUGCAUCUGUGCUGCCCCUCACCAAGGAGGAGGUGAUGAAGCUGAAGAAAAUCAUAUCAAGCUCCUCAUGAAGAUCCCACACUGAUAGCAACACUGCAGUGAAGCUGCUUUGUUUUGUAUUAUAUGUACUUUAUUAUGAAAGUAUAACAUUAUUGUAUAGUUUUAAAGAGUUUUAUUUAAUAAACAAAUUAAGAUGUCAUGAUUCAGAAAUAUUAAAUGUGUAAAUAAUA